UUAGCAGCUCAUCCGUUCGGAAAGAUUGAAUUUCCAUUUAGAUAUAUCUGGCGGCAAAAAUAAGGUUUUUAGAAAUUUCACCGGCUAAUGACAUAGGAACUUUAUCCUGCAUUAAACCAAGCGAAGGAUUCCAAAAACACAGCAAACAACAAUGGAACCAAUGGCUUUAGGCAGUCCGAGCGGAAGUCCACUGCCUUCAUCGAGCAAUUAUUUACCGUCGUUCCUUAUGGGUGACGCACCGACAACUCCUCGAACCAAUACCCUGUCGCCAACCAAAGGCAGAACAUCAUUGGCCUUCACCCAAUCUCCCGUAGGAGGACCGCUAGUCGGACAGACUUUUGACUACGGCGGAAGACCCACCGGAUUGCCACAAAAAUUCUCUCUAGGCGGAACCAGUCUUAACCAGUCUAGUGCUAAUCACAAUUCAAGUGUCACAGGGCCACCGACAGUGGGAUUAUUCGAUUCACUCAGAAAUGACCAGCAGAUCUUCCAGACACCAAGCAAAAACACAACCACAGGACAAGGUGCCCCACCGGCUCCGGGAUUCCAGCAGUCGGGAAAUGAUUCCUACCUGAACCAAAGCGGUUUCAACGUGUCGAGGGUGAUGUCCCCGAUUCCGAUGGCACGGGAACAGGAUUUUACUCGCAAUGCAUCCUUAAUGUCACAAUCGUACAUGAACCUAUCGCAUUCCGUUCCACAGGGGAAUGAUCGCUGGAUUACCGUGUUCGGUUUUCCACAAUCCGCGUCGUCCAUGAUUUUGUCACACUUUUCUCAGUGUGGGGCGAUAAUCGAGAAGGUAUUUGCCACACAGAACGGGAACUGGGUACAUCUCAGAUUCACCUCUCGACUCGAAUGCGAUAAAGCUCUAAACUACAAUGGUAAGGUACUCGGGCAUAACCUGAUGAUUGGAGUACAGUAUUGCAAUGACCCGUCGAUUGUGGGGAAGGAAAACUGCGAUGAACGAAAAGAGUAUUCCUUGAGUCGCGUGAGGUCGUUGACUCACAUAGCAUACAAAAAUGCCCAGCACCCGACUGAUGUGGUACCGAGUCCAACGGCACCGAAACGAAGUUCUGGGCUUGUGAAUAAAGCCAUGGAUCUCUUUUUUGGUUGGUAACAGAUGCAAAAGGAUAAACAACAUCUGUACGAUAUCACUAUGGACAAAUCACUGACAACUCAUGGUAACAAUAAUUGGUUGGUUGUAUGUGUGUUUGUAGUUAGAUGAUAACGAUGUAAGGCAAUUGUUUUGUACGCACUUCUAUGGAUAAUGUUGAUAAAGGUUACACAAUAGUAAUCUCA